AUGAGUAAAAUUAGGGGCCUCCCUCCUGCGGUCAGGGACCCAGGCCCCGGAGUGGAACUUGGGGUGGAAGAUGGUCUUCUUUGUCAACUAAUUCAUUCUCCAGAAUUCAACUUGUUCAAGGACUCAGUGGUGUUUGAGAGCACCUUUAUCCAGGUCACUAAGCAGGGACACUGGAUGGACGCCUACGAAAAGUCUGCCACUGUGAUCCUUGGAGUAACCUCUUCCGUGCCCUGCUUGCCACUCCCCAAUGUCCUCCUGAUGGCCAAUGUCACCUGGCCUCACGGUCCGCUUUCCACCUGUGGCACGCCUGGCACCCCUGUCAUCACUCUCAGCAGGAUCCUGCCCCUGAAGUACGUGGAGCUCCAAAUCUUUAACUGGAGCCAGCGCGUCCUCCGGGUCAGGACGGUGACUGAGAAGCUCUACUACCUGAGGCUCCACGAGAAGCACCCGGAGGCCGUGUUCCAGUUCUGGAUCCGCCUGGUGAAGAUCCUGCAGCAAGGCCUGUCCAUCACCACCAAAGACCCGAGGAUCCAGUUCACUCACUGCCUGGUACCCAAGAUCCCCAACUCCUCCACCGAAACAACACCUGCAAGCAGCCCCCCGUCAUCCUCCCAGACCAGCGAGACCGCAAUGCUGCUGGCAGCUGAGUGUACCAGCAGCGGCCUCUUAGGACUCUCAAAAAGACACCAGCCUGUAGGAGACAGACCCUUGAAUACAGAAAGGGACAACUGCAGCAGCUGCAGGGCUCCCCUGCUGAUGGUCUCUUCAAUUAAUAUGCCCAUGAGAGCCAGUCUGAGACACAGCCUCUGGGAACAAGAGGACUCAAAUGAGAACUACCUGCAGGCUCCCGUGGCCAGCUCCCUAGGAGAGAACUUUCUGGGACCCUAACUCCCCAGGUAAAAGCUGGAUGGCCUGCUUCUUGUGUGAUGGCAGGAGGAAGAACGUGGCUGUCCCCUUCCCGGGCAGGAGUGGCUGAUCUGAGGACUAAAUCCUGGCAAGUUGAAUGAACCUCAGGCUGGCUAGAGAAUUCUGGAGCCGCAUUCUUCUCUCCUCUGUUCCACUGUGACAUCUAAAGCCUGUGAAGUCCGAGGCCCUCCUGUCUCCACGCUCAGUGCAGCCCCGCCCGCCUCGUCCCUCUGAUAUUUUCGUAGGAUGCUUCUCUUUCUAGUCCAGUAAUUUAGGUGUUUCUUGCCUCUCUAGUUUUAUCUGGUCUCCUGGGAAUAUGGUAAGUGCUGGUGUCUCCAUAUCAAGUGGGUUUUUGUUUUGUUUCAGAAAGUGUUUUCCGCCAUGCAGGUCCGUAGCUGUCACACUGGCUGUCCCUCGCUCCCUGUGUGGCCUCUGUGGGGUGUUCUCAGGUCUGUCAUACUGGCUGAUGUCGCUCUGCUCCCUGUGUCCCCUCAGCUCCUCAUGGCCUCUGUGGGGUGUUCCCAAGUUUGUCAUCCUUAUCACUGACUCACUCUUCUAUUACGUGAGAUGUAGCUCCUGUGUGACAUCAAGAAUUUAAAGUUUUUCUUUCAUGUUUUCUUCCUUUUCUCUUCCCGUCUUAUUCUGGUUCCAUUCUUCUUUGUUCAUAUUAUAUUUAAUUUCUACCAAAGUACCAAAGGUUCUUGUCAAAUAUUUUCUCCUGUUUUCUGAAAUAAUUUCUGUACUGAUUUACAGUCACUUGGGUGUUUUCCUUGGCAUUAGUUGAGGGGAGAAGGCAGGUCUUUACUAAGAAAUUGUGACUGUUUUAAUUUUAAAAGAAAUAUCUGUCUUGAGUUUUAAAACUCUUUGGCUAUAAUUUCUGUUUAAUAACAAGUUUGUGGCUGGAGAACUAACCUAAAUAUCACCACGAGGAAGCAACGGGUAAAGCCAGAAAGUGGGGUGCCCUGCAGGACUUCUCUCCCAGGCUUUCACUAGUCACGCCCUAAGGAAGAGGCUCUACUGGAUAAAGAAAAGGGAAGGUGAGCUCCCGGGCAGGGCGCUGGCUCCCAUAAACCAGGUGAAAUAAUAGUUUUUUGGUUGUUUGGGGAAAUUGUGAUGUAGCCUGAGGUGAGAUGAGACGGAGAUACACAGUCACAAACAUAGAGCUGACGACACAAACACAUGAUUGGAAAGGUUUCUGAAACAACAGAGCGUGAGGCCAGUUACCUCGGAUGCUCUUAUUCAUCCCAAUACACAGGAGCUGAAGGCCAGAGAAUCAGAAGUUCAAGGUCAUCCUCAACUAUGCAGCAAGUUCAAGCAGUCUGGAUCCCCGAGACCUGACUUCAAACCAAAACAAAACCCCAGUGCAGCAUCUUCUAGUGUUAGAGCAAACACUUGCAUUGCCCAGGAGUCACACAUCUGUCAGGCUAAGUUCAGAUAUCCUGUAAUUUAACUUUAUCUUCCUUAUCACCUAGAAUGAUUGGUAACUAGCGCUUUCCUUUGCUGUAAAAUUAUUCCAGAAGAAUGAACAGGAAUUUUUUAUCACUAGCAUCGGCCAGAUCUAGGUUUGGCUCCAUCUAAUUUUUAAAAAAUCCAGUUUGGGCUGUGGAGAUGGUUUAGCAGGUAAAGGUACUUGCUGCAGCCUCAACCAUAGGUGCCGAAACAGAGCAGGCGGCGAGAGAGAGAGCAGGCUCCCUCCAGCCUCCAGCAUCACUCCACUUACACAAAAUAAAAGCACAUGUAAAAAAAUUCCUAGCUUAUUUUUUCUCAUAAAAAGAAACCCACAGCUCAGUA